AUGGCCACAUUCAACUUUGGUUCAUCCUCACAACAACAGACAAAACCAAGUUUUAGCUUUGGAAAUCCUCAGCAACCAACAACAUCUGGUUCAACUGGGUUUUCAUUCCCAUCAACAACAGCUCCAUCAACAACAACAACAACAGGAUUUGGCGUACCUACAUCAACAGGCACAACGGGCUUUAGUUUUGGAACAGGUAGUACAACCGGAACAAGCACUGGUCCAGCAACAACUAGUACAGGUUUUAAUUUCGGAACGACACAACCAACAACUACUACUACCACAGGAUUUAAUUUAUCUCAACCAACAACGACAGGAGUAAUGGGAUUUCCAACACAUCAACCAAGCGCGAUGGGAUUUAAUUUAAUUUCGCAAUCUUACAACAACAUUGAUAAUAUGGUAAAAACCAUUGAAGCACGAUAUAAACCAUCUAACGAUAAUCCGAAUUGCAAAUUUUUACAUUUCUUUUAUAAUGUUGUUGAAGAAGCUAAACAACCAAUGACUCUUGAAGCUAUCAAGAGAUACUAUGCAAGGUCUAUUAGUCCAGAGGAUAUGAGACUUGCAAUUGAAAAGAACCCUGAUCCUGCUCGAAUGGUUCCUGUACUGGCUAGAUCAUUUGAUGACAUUGUAAAAAGAGUGGAGCAUCAAAAGAAGAGAAUUGAACUAAUGAACGAAAUGUUGAAGUUCCUUGACAACAAAAUGAGCGAACAUAAACGAAAACAUGAAGUUGAUGUCGUCAGUCAGAUAGAUGACAUUAAACAAAGACAUGCUGAUCUUUCUCAUAGAAUUCUCAAAAUUCAGAGCAAACUUGAAGUUUUAACACAGUCAGGAAUUGGUAUUCGGAACGAGGAUAUUUCACUUCGAAAUAAGUUGAACACGUUGCAGCGAGAAUUGCAUAAACCAAAUCAAUAUAGAGGAAGGCUGAACGAAUUAGCACCACAGGUCAAUUAUUAUUUGCAACAGUCUAAUCUACUUUUGAAUACUGGUAAUGUGCUUGACGACCAAACAAAAGAAAACGUAAAAGACUUUUUAGAACAACAAACAAACGGAUUGAAUCAUUUGCUAUCCAUUUUAAAGAAAGAUAUCAAAGAUAUUAAUUAUAUCAAACAACAAGUUUCUACAGACAAGCAAAAAAAUCGCUCAAUAAAUUUCUAA